ACAACGCCCGGCUACCAAAGUUGCUUUGAAGGGUGCUGGUAUGGGUGCAGAGCUACCUGAGGGGAGUACUUUGAAGAUGACCGUAGUAAUAGUCACCAAUGAGGUAUGUAACAUUUUUUUCUAGGAUGAGCUCAUGAACUUCAUUGUACAACUUUGUAUUCCUCAGCACUACCAGACUGUUUGUAAAGAAGCUUCAUCAUGAUACUUCCCACCCCCCAAAUUUUCCAGGAUUCAAAAUUUUCUGUUUAGCCUUCAAGGCCCUUGUAAUUAGUGCCCAACCUGCCUUUCUAGAUUCAUCUCUUGCUGUUCUCCCUACGCUACCCUACAGCCCAUGCUAUUGUUUCUGCUGCUACCGCCACCUGGAAUACUCUGGAGUUCCACCUAUCUCCACCCACACUAGACACGAUCCCUUCUGUAAACACUCCCGGCCGUGUGUCUGUAGCUCCUGUGUGGCAUUGACCGUGCUCUGUUCUAUGUCUCUUGCUUUUUGUGUACUCGUCUUAUCUCCCUUCCUACACCACAAGUGCUUAUAAGGCUGGGCCUGUCCCCUGGGUCCCCCACGGCAGCAGUGCAACUGCCAGAAUUGACUUGGUUGUCUUGUAGUAACAAUAAUCCUCAUGUCUCAGAGCCUCAAGACAGGACAGAUUUAUUUCUCUUCUCGCCACAUGUCUACCUCAGGUCAACAGGGGCCUGUGUUGCAUGGCAACCUGACGCCAGGGUUCCAGGUGACAAUGAUGGGACAGGAGGGGAGCAGAGAGCUGGAGGGUCUCACACUAGCAAUUAAUUGUUCCUAUCUGAAAGUGACAUUACUGCCUACAAGCCACUGGCCAAAAUAGGUCAUAGGGCUCUACUGGAAGGGAAGGGCAGAGAACAGCGAUCCUUCCAUACAACUGGGAGAAGGGGAGAUCAUAUAAGGGAAGCAUGCAGUCCCUGCCAUGGCAGAGAAGUGUGACCACCCAGUACUUUGGGGAGAAGCAGGAACUGCAUCAGAGUCAUGCACAUUAGCCAGGUAAAAAAGAGUGUCCAAAACUGUUAGAGGAGGAAGACAGUCCAACAGCAGGGGCAACCAGGUUGACUCAUCACUCUCCUGAGAAAUACACUUCUGCUUUCUCCUGAUUGUAAUGAGAUGCUAACAGGAUGUUAUAAGCAUCAGCAAAGCAAGCCGGGCCAUGGGUGAGGUCAGCCAAGCUGCCGUGGAGAAAUAUCUGGAGGAGAACCCUUGGUUUGCCAAAGAGUACUUCGACAGGAAGCUGCAGAUAGAGGUGCUGGGAGAAAUCUUCAAGAAGAGCCGGGUGUCGGUCCAGGCCAGCAUGUCUUUCCCUGAGCUGACACAGGUGGAGGAAUCGGCCCUGUGCUUGGAGCUGCUGCAGAUGGUCCAGGAGGAGGCGGCUGGCCCAGAGCUGGCAGCUCACAGGGUCCUGCAGAGGUUGGCCCAGCUGCUGCAGGCUGACCGCUGCAGCCUGUUCCUGUGCCGGGCCCGCAAUGGCACACCCGAGGUUGCUUCCAGGCUGCUGAAUGUCACUCCCACCUCCAAGUUUGAGGACAACCUGGUAGCCCCUGACAGAGAAGUUGUGUUUCCACUGGACAUUGGGAUAGUGGGUUGGGUUGCCCACACGAAGAAACUCCUUAAUGUCCUAGAUGUUAAAAAGAACAGCCACUUUUCCGACUUCAUGGAUAAGCACACCGGGUACGUCACUAAGAAUCUGCUUGCAGCUCCCGUCACGAUGGGCAAGGAGGUUCUUGCUGUGGUUAUGGCAGUUAACAAAGUAAAUGCACCUGAAUUUUCCAAACAGGAUGAAGAGGUCUUUCUCAAAUACCUCAACUUUGUUGCUAUCAUCCUAAAGCUUCAUCACACCAACUACCUGUACAGUGUUGAAUCUCGUAGAAGCCAGAUCCUCAUGUGGUCAGCCAAUAAAGUUUUUGAAGAACUCACGGACGUUGAGAGACAAUUUCACAAAGCACUCUACACAGUCAGGACAUAUCUGAACUGUGAACGAUACUCCGUUGGACUGCUAGACAUGACCAAGGAGAAGGAAUUCUAUGAUGAAUGGCCAAUCAAACUUGGAGAAGUUGAGCCUUAUAAAGGUCCAAAGACACCAGACGGCAGGGAAAUCAUCUUUUAUAAAAUCAUUGACUACAUUUUACAUGGAAAAGAAGAGAUCAAAGUGAUUCCGACACCUCCUGCAGACCACUGGACCCUUGUCAGUGGGUUGCCAACGUAUGUUGCUGAAAAUGGAUUUAUAUGUAACAUGCUGAAUGCCCCUGCAGACGAGUACUUCACAUUUCAGAAAGGACCUGUAGAUGAAACUGGUUGGGUCAUUAAAAAUGUUUUGUCCCUGCCUAUUGUCAACAAGAAAGAAGACAUUGUGGGAGUUGCUACGUUUUACAACAGGAAGGAUGGAAAGCCUUUUGAUGAGCAUGAUGAACACAUUACUGAGACUCUUACACAAUUUCUUGGAUGGUCUCUUUUAAAUACUGACACCUACGAGAAAAUGAAUAAGCUAGAGAACAGAAAGGACAUUGCUCAGGAAAUGCUCAUGAACCACACCAAAGCCACUCCUGAUGAAAUUAAGUCUAUUUUGAAAUUUAAAGAGAAGCUAAAUACAGAUAUAAUUGAAGACUGUGAAGAAAAACAACUUGUCAAGAUUUUGGAGGAGGACUUGCCGGACCCCAGGGCAGUACAGCUGUAUGAGUUCUGCUUCAGCGACUUCCCCCUUACGGAGCGGGGAUUGAUUCAAUGUGGACUCCGCCUGUUUUUUGAAAUAAAUGCAGUGGAAAAAUUCAAAGUACCCGUGGAGGUUCUCACCAGGUGGAUGUACACAGUGAGGAAAGGGUACCGCUCCGUCACAUACCACAACUGGCGCCAUGGGUUCAACGUGGGGCAGACCAUGUUUACUUUGCUGACGACAGGAAGACUAAAGAAAUACUACACGGAUCUUGAAGCCUUUGCCAUGCUCGCUGCUGCCUUCUGUCACGACAUCGACCACAGAGGCACCAACAAUUUAUACCAGAUGAAAUCCACGUCUCCAUUAGCCAGGCUUCACGGGUCUUCUAUUUUGGAGAGGCACCACCUGGAGUACAGCAAGACUCUCCUGCAGGAUGAGAGUUUAAACAUCUUUCAGAACCUAAAUAAGCGGCAGUUUGAAACAGUUAUUCAUUUGUUUGAGGUUGCAAUAAUAGCAACUGACCUGGCUUUAUAUUUCAAGAAGAGAACGAUGUUUCAAAAAAUUGUUGAUGCCUGUGAACAAAUGGAAACUGAAGAGCAGGCCAUCAAAUAUGUAACCAUCGAUCCAAUCAAAAAAGAGAUCAUCAUGGCAAUGAUGAUGACUGCAUGCGACUUGUCCGCUAUCACCAAGCCCUGGGAAGUACAAAGUCAGGUAGCACUUCUGGUUGCAAAUGAAUUUUGGGAACAAGGAGAUCUGGAGAGAACCGUGCUGCAGCAACAACCUAUUCCUAUGAUGGACAGAAACAAAAAAGAUGAACUUCCUAAACUUCAAGUUGGAUUUAUUGACUUCGUUUGCACUUUUGUAUAUAAGGAGUUCUCACGGUUUCACAAAGAAAUCACACCUAUGAUGAAUGGUCUCCAGAAUAACAGAAUGGAAUGGAAAUCUCUUGCUGAUGAGCAUGAUGCAAAGAUCAAGGCACUGGAGGAGGAGGUAAAAAAGCAGGAAGAAGGAAACAUGAUUGAAAAAGGUGCUGAAGAUUCAGGAGGUGGUGGUGAUGACAAAAAGUCCAAAACAUGUUUAAUGUUGUAAUGCAAUCUAACUGGUCUAAAUUUCAAAUAUCAUUUUACUUUUGAAGACAAAACAGAAAACAUUCAAAAGAACUUCAGCAGAUUUCUUUGAGCAAGCCAUCGAGUACAGUAAGAGGAUCUUCAGAAAAACCACCCUGUGACUAUCAAGAAAAUAUAUAUUGCUAGCCUGAAAACCAUGAGGGCAAAAUAAAGUUCAACUAAAGUGCAAAAUAUGACAAAAAUAGGUACAUUUGGGUGCCAAUUUAAAGAAUGUGCAAUCCUGAAACUAGUCACAAACUCUUUUUUAGAAGUUAUUAAUUGCUUGUAUUUGUUAAGGCUGCCAAAACAAAGCACCACAGAUUGGGUGGCUUAACUAACAUAAAUUUCUAACGCUUUUGGAGCCUAGAAGUUCGAGGUGAGGAGUUGGCAUUGUUGGUCUCUUGAGAGGCCUCUCUACUUAGUGUGCAGACAGGCAUGUUCUCCCUGGGUCCUCCCUCUGUGUGGAUCUGUGUUGUAAUCUUCUAAGGACACCAGUAUUGUAUUAGGGCUUGCCCAUGUGGUCUCAUUUUAAUCUUAAUCAUGUCUCCAUGGCUUUAUCUCCAAAUACUGCCAUAUUUGGGGAUUAGGACUUCAAUACAUGUAUUGGGAGGGCAGGCGUGAAUGUGCACACAUUUCAGCCCCUGACAUUUAUAAUUGUUAUUUCAAUCCACUUCCUGAACUAAAAAAUCUCUCAUCAACAUGUCUUAAUGUAAAAGUAAAUACAAUAUAAAAAAAGGGAAAAGGAUAUCAAAUGUUAGUCAGAUAUGCUUAUCUUUUUCUUCUAUUUUUCAACCCUUGACAAUGGAUUGAUGAAAAACACCCUGUUUUUUGGCAGUUAACUAAAACUAUGUCUUCAUCCUGUACUCCCCAUUCAGAGUCUGAAAUCAAUUAUUUUAUGUGUAAGUAUGAAUAUUUAAAUAUUUAAAUUUUUAAUGCUCAGAAUUAUUCCUCUCAUUGAAAGAAUUAUCAGUUCAUAAGAUACUAA